AUGGCAACUCCACGCAUUCUCGCUUUGCAGUCUCUAGCUGCAUCAUCCAUUUGGGGUGCACAUGCUUCAUCUGCGCAAAAGCCGCUCCUGCACAACAAUGAACAAGUUAUCUUGACAUCAGACAAGAAGCCCCUGGUCGACAGCGAUGCCCUGCAGUCGAGCAUUUCCAUCGACAGGCUCCUCAAGGGCGCCCAAGACCUUUAUUCAAUCGCGAAUUUGAGCUUUCCCGAGUACAACCGCCCGACACGGGUCAUUGGAAGCCAAGGCGAGUUAGUAGGCCAUAUUGGAACCCUCAAGUAUAUCCGUGAUGCCAUCUCAGACAUGGGAGACUAUUACACCAUUGUGGAACAGCCAUUCCCUGCAUAUGUUGGCUGGGUCCAAGAAUCCCGCUUGGUCGUGGGCGACCAGGUCUUCCAGGACGCCAAGCCCAUGAGCCUCACGCCUCCAACCAAGGAUAGGGAACCCGUCCAUGGAAACAUCGUCCUCGUCGAGAACGACGGAUGUUCUCACAAGGAUUACCCAUCAAGCGUUGCAGGAAACAUUGCCUUGAUUCGCCGUGGAGCCUGCGCAUUCGGUGACAAGUCUAGCUUGGCAGGAAAAGCAGGUGCUGCCGCCGCCAUCGUGUACAACCACGAAAAGGGCGACAUCUCAGGAACUCUGGGAUCCCCGAGUGAUGAUCAUGUCGCCACGUUUGGAAUCAGUCUGGCCGAGGCGAAACCCUUGAUUGAGAAGCUAGAGAGCGGAGACAAGGUGGAUGCAAUUGCAUACAUUCGAUCCUGGGUCAACACUGCCAUCACCAACAACCUCGUCGCUCAGACCGCAGAAGGCGACCCGGAUAAUUGCGUCGCCUUGGGAGCCCAUUCCGAUAGCGUAGAAGCGGGCCCAGGUAUUAAUGACGACGGCUCCGGUACCUUGUCUCUUCUCGAGGUUGCGAGGCAGCUCACCAAGUUCAAAGUUAACAAUUGCGUUCGCUUUGCUUGGUGGUCUGCAGAGGAGGAGGGUCUUGUUGGCUCCAGUUACUACGCAUCAAACCUCUCUCCCAAGGAGAACCUCAAGGUCCGCCUAUUUAUGGACUACGACAUGCUUGCGAGCCCCAACUUCGCUUAUCAAGUCUACAACGCGACCAAUGACAUCCAUCCGACUGGAUCUGAAGAGCUCCGCGACUUGUACAUCGACUGGUACCAAUCGCAUGGUCUCAAUUACACUCUCAUUCCAUUUGAUGGUCGGAGCGAUUACGAUGGCUUCAUUCGAGCGGGAAUUCCCGCAGGAGGAAUCGCCACUGGUGCCGAGGGCAUCAAGUCCAAGAAAGAGCGCAAGAUGUUUGGCGGCAAAGAUGGUGAUGCCUACGACGAGUGCUACCACCAGCUUUGCGACGAUACGCGAAAUGUUAAUGUCACUGCCUGGGAGCUGAACACGAAGUUGGUCGCCCAUAGUGUCGCGACUUAUGCCGCCUCGUUUGAGAAAUUUCCGGAGCGUAAUCUGGAUAGCUGGACAACAGCGAGCCGGGAGGCCGGUUCCUAUGCUGAAACCACAAAAUGGAAAGGCAACCAUCUUUUCAUCUAG